AUGCCAAUGAGCGGUCAGGGCUCGGGUGGUGAGGGCCAAUCUGGGACGCAACUAAGAGCUGAUCAGAUUGUCCCUCAGCCUCAAGAAGUGAAUCGGGAAGCCGAGGGGUUAGAUGAACCUAUCUCCUUCAAGCGAAAACAAAAACAGCGAUCACGGUUCAGUUUAUCUAACCUCCUCUCCUCUCCCGCCGGCGGAUUGGAUACUAGCUUUGGCUCUCCGGCGCCGCAGGGUGGUCAGAACGGCGAUGCGUCGCCCCUCGAUCCUUAUGCGCCGAUAGGAUUCGAUAGCGGUGCUGAAGCAUCAAAAGAUGGUGCGCCGUUAGACUGGUAUGUGGAAGGCCCGGGACGACGUGUGGGUUACGACGACUUUACCGCUAUCGAUUGGAUCUACGAGUAUACCAAAGAACGGCAAAGGAAACGGCUUCUUUAUUCGAGUGGACAGGGCCUAUUGGGCCAUGCUCGCAGACUCCUUGACGCAAGCAAUGUCUGGUUGGUGUUGAUUGCGACAGGCAUUGCUGUAGGAAUAAUCGCAGCUUCUAUCGACAUUACAACGGAUUGGCUGGGUGAUCUGAAGUCCGGCUAUUGCAAAAAUGGAAGUGGAGGUGGCAAAUUCUAUCUAAACAAGAGCUUUUGCUGCUGGGGUCUCGAUGAUCACUCCAAGUGUCUGGACUGGACACCUUGGGGAAAUGCAUUAGGAGCAAACUCCAGUGGAGGAACAUAUGCGAUUGGGUACAUCUUCUACGUUGUAUUUUCGGUUUUCUUUGCUGCAUGUGCUUGCUUCCUGGUGCGAAAUUAUGCCGUUUAUGCUCGACACAGUGGAAUCCCUGAGAUCAAAACGAUCCUCGGUGGAACUGUUAUCCGACAUUUCAUGGGGCCAUGGACGCUUGCCAUUAAAUCACUGGGCCUAUGUCUCUCUGUUGCAUCCGGUCUAUGGCUAGGUAAAGAAGGCCCACUUGUGCAUGUUGCAUGCUGCUGCGCGAAUAUUUUAAUGAAACCUUUCGAAAGCCUGAGAGGUAAUGAAGCUCGUAAACGAGAGGUCCUUUCUGCGGCCGCCGCGGCAGGUAUCUCAGUCGCAUUCGGGGCACCCAUCGGGGGUGUUCUGUUUAGUUUGGAGCAACUGUCAUAUUAUUUCCCCGACAAGACAAUGUGGCAAAGCUUUGUCUGUGCUAUGGUCGCAGCUGUUACUUUGCAGGCCUUGAAUCCAUUCCGGACAGGUAAAAUUGUGUUGUAUCAAGUCACCUACACUCGAGGCUGGCACCGCUUCGAAAUUAUCCCAUUCAUUAUUCUUGGUAUCAUUGGCGGUCUCUAUGGUGCAUUCCUCAUCCGCCUGAAUACGAGAAUCACCAAGUGGAGGCGAGCUCGAACUUCCUCUCGACCAAUCAUCGAAGUGGUCGUCGUGGCUCUCAUUACAGCUUUGGUCAACUAUCCAAAUCACUUCAUGCGAGCUCAGAACUCGGAGCUUGUUCAGUCGCUGUUCGCCGAGUGCAACAGUGUGACAUAUGAUCGAUUUGGCCUUUGCGCAACGGGAUCUGCCUCAAUCGGCGUGGCAAUCUACCUGGUCAUAGCUGCUUUAUUUGCCUUUUUCUUGGCUUCAUUGACAUUUGGGCUCGAGAUUCCUGCGGGUAUUAUCCUUCCUUCGGUCGCUAUCGGUGCUCUCUACGGCCGUGCUCUAGGCAUUAUAGUCCGCUUGUGGCAAGAAUCUUAUCCGCAAGCAUUCCUAUUUGUCAAAUGCGAGCCAGACAUUCCAUGUGUCACACCUGGCUUAUAUGCAAUUAUUGGGGCUGCUGCUGCUCUUGGUGGUGCUACUCGAAUGACUUUGUCGAUUGUCGUUAUCAUGUUUGAAUUGACUGGCGCGUUGACCUAUGUGAUCCCGAUCAUGAUUGCGGUCAUGUUGUCCAAGUGGUGUGGUGACAUCUUUGGAAAGCGAGGUAUCUACGAGUCAUGGAUUCGACUAAACGAGUAUCCUUUCCUCGACCAUCGCGAUGACACUACUCCGCCAGAUGUAUCUGCCCACCGGGUCAUGACAACCGUGGAUGAUAUCAGCAUCAUUACUGCCACCGGCCAUACUAUUGCCUCGAUCCGCAGCCUUCUAGCUAACACUACAUAUCGCGGGUUUCCCGUAGUCUCAGACACCUCGAGUCCCAUCCUGCUAGGCUACAUCACUCGCAAUGAGCUUUCUUUUGCUCUGAAAUACUCAACUUCUCCUACGGCCCGCAACCUCUCCGACGAGACACAGGUUUUCUUUUCGCAUCAACCUUUUGCGGACCCUAUCGAUACCCUUGAUCUACGACCUUGGAUGGACCAGACACCCAUGACCUUGAACAGUAACAUCACUUUCUUGAUUGUUUUACGCAUGUUCCAACGCCUUGGCUUGCGUUAUGUGCUGUUUGCCAAUAAGGGCAUUCUACAAGGACUACUGACCAAGAAAGAUGUCUGGUCGGUGCUGAAUGGCGUGGAAUUUCGCCGAGAAGAAGCGCUUCGAGGCGAUGAAUUCCAGGAUUUUGGAAAUCAUAAUGAGGCUGAAGAGGUUGGUCUGCUUGAUGGGAAUGAUACAUCCAGUCUUGGUACUACCGAUCUUCCUACCCUCAAGAAAGCCAAAAAGUCAGAAGAUAAAAUGAUGAUCGAUCCUUUUGAGGUGCGCAUGCGCUUCACUACACAGCUGCAACACCUCAGUGCUGCUGUUACAUCGUCGCAGAAGGCCGCCCAUUAUGCAUUGAAGUAUCGUGACCUCGAUGAGGAUCUUCACUCAUGCAUCCUAGAGCAGCUUGAACGGAACAACAUGAACAAUCGCGCGAAUAUUAUGUAUUUUAUUGAACACCUCUGCGAAAUGGCCCUCAAGGAAAAUUACCUCCCAUAUGUGCGCAUGAUGCAGCGAGACAUCCUGCGCGUAGUGGACUCAGUUGUUCCCCCGAUGGCACCGCAUGUUCGCCACGUUUUGAAAGGUCUCCAGGCGAAGGAAGUUCUCAGCGCCGAAACCGUGGCCGACAUCGACGCCGCCCUAAAAGACCGCGAUUCCCACCCCUCCCACCUGGAUCUUGAACAGGAUGAAGGCACCCAGGGAGGCAGCAGGUCCAAGUCGGAGAAACCCCAACUGCGCCUUGACAAGAAGCAGAUCGAGCAGCGCAUUGAGGAGGACCGUGAGCGCAACAAGCGUCAGCGCGAGAGCAUGUGGGCCAUGACUGGCAAUGAUCGCGACGAAUAUAAUCAGAUGUGGGAAGAGCUCAGCCCCACUGGGGAGGAUGACUUUAUCAGAUCUCGUGAGGAAGCCCUGGAACGCGCCGAGUGUGUCCGCAAACACGAGGAGUUCUAUAAAAACCAAUACGGUAUCAAGGAGUAA